UUUCUCUUUCGCUGGGAGUCGCGGCGCCGCCAACAUGGGCAAGUGUUGUGGUCUUCGUACUGCUAGGAAGCUCCGCAGCCACCGACGGGACCAGAAAUGGCACGAUAAACAGUACAAAAAGGCCCAUUUGGGCACAGCUCUGAAAGCCAACCCCUUUGGAGGCGCUUCCCAUGCAAAAGGAAUCGUAUUGGAAAAAGUCGGAGUGGAAGCCAAACAACCAAAUUCCGCCAUUCGCAAGUGUGUCCGUGUCCAGCUGAUCAAAAACGGCAAGAAAAUCACAGCCUUCGUGCCCAACGAUGCGUGCUUGAAUUUUAUUGAGGAAAACGAUGAAGUUCUGGUGGCUGGAUUUGGUCGCAAAGGUCAUGCCGUCGGUGACAUUCCUGGAGUCCGCUUUAAGGUUGUCAAAGUAGCCAAUGUGUCCCUCUUGGCCUUAUACAAAGGCAAGAAGGAAAGGCCAAGAUCAUAAGUUUGAUGGUGAACACGUAAUAAAUUUCUUUGCCA